AUGUACUCAGGAACAAUUUCAGUAAUCUAUGGUCCAAUGGUAUGGUUCUGAUUAUAUGAUAGUUUUCUGGUAAAACUAGUGAGCUCAUGAGAUUGGUCAAGAGAUUUACUAUAUCAGAGAGAAAAUGCGUGGUGUUGAAUUACGCAAAUGAUAACCGAUACUCAGAGGAGUAGUGUAUUUCAAGUCAUGACAAGUAUGCUAUCCAUUCUAAUAUGAAGACAAUUUUUGAAAGCCAUAAAAGUAUGCAAAUUGAAUGAGGCUUAUGAGAGAUGCAAGGAGAGUGAUGUUGUGGCUAUUGAUGAAGGUUAAUUCUUUACAGAUGUAAAUAUUCUAACAAAAUGUGUAGAUUGUGGAAUUUAGUGAGAAGAUGGCUAAUUUAGGAAAGAUCGUAAUAGUAGCAGCUCUUGAUGGAACUUUUGAUAGGAAACCCUUCCAUAACAUCUUAAACUUGAUUCCUUUGGCUGAGCGCAUAACUAAGUUAACAGCUGUGUGUUGGUUUUGUAAAAGAGAAAAUGCCUCUUUCACUAAAAGAAUAGUGUAAUCACAGGAGAGUAAAUUAAAUAAAUUAAAUUUUAGUUGAGUUGAUUGGUGGUGAGGAUUGUUACAAACCUGCAUGUAGAGUAUGUUUCCAUCUUGCAGAUACUCAAUCAAAAUCAUAAUCCAUGUAUAUUAAUUAAGACGAUCAUUUUGAGUAAAAAAUUUGA